UUCUGGUUGGUGUUACGUGAGGAGGGGACGGCGGCACGGUAGAACGAAGCACCGUGAGUGCACGAGGAUCACACUGUGGCCACAGCCGUGGCGCUCAGCUAUGGGCUUCGGAUGUUACCAUGGUUACUGCCCUGUUCCUCCGGCGCGCCUGACACGUCAGCAUCCGGCGACACAGCACACAGCUGAACGGUAUGACGGGCGGACACGCGGAGGAACAGGAUUUUGAUGAUGGCACUAAAUUGUCAGCAUUACCAGAGAAGCACGCAGCAGGAAUUGCCAGAUCUAACUAAUGCCCACCUUGCUGUGCCCCAGAGGAGUCAUGGCAAAGAGACUCAGCUUCGAUUUAAUUUGGAUGUCACUACACACCCAGCUAAUUUGGCUGUCCAGUUCUCAAACCCCUCUCCAAUCACCAUAGAGAAGAUAUCAGCACCUCAGAAUAAAUCUUCAGAGAAUGUAGUAGCAGAGAAUUUUCUCAGAAAUUCCAUUUCUCCUUUGUCUUUCUCUGCUGCAUCAGUACAGCGCUUGAACCUUGCUCUCCAGCUUGCAAAGAGAGACAUGAAACUGAAACAUUUUGGGAAGAAAUUAGAACUAAAAUCAAAAUCGCUCCCAUGUCAUCAAGGUUCUCCAAAAAGCAAAACAAGGAACCUACUAAAUAACCCUGAAAAAGUUAAAACUAAACCACACGUCAAGUCAAGCAUUAAACAUGAAGUGACUGAUUCGGGUGCUUGGGUGUAUGUGUAUACACCUGAUCAGAACAGAAUAAAUAUGGGGGUAUCAGACUCUCCACCUACCCAUGAUCCCGGGCCUGGCGAUAGUCCUAAAAAAGCCCUGGACCCGAGUGAGCAAGAGAUAAAGCGUCUGCAGAGAGAGCUGCACACUUACAUGCAGAAAAUAGAAGAACUUGCCAAGAAAGAGCGCUAUGGAGAAGUUUUAGAUCCUUCAGAAGAAGCUAGAGGCCGGAUACGCCAACAGCAACGAGCGUCUCGAUCUGCCAGAAUGCUUUAUGUUUUGCAGCAACAGGUAAAAGAAAUCCAUGAAGACUUAGAAAAAUUAAGCCCCCAGAAAAUCAAACACACAAAGAAGUCUCGUACCAUGUCUAGACUGGCCGCUGUACACCGAGGAGCCAUUAGAGCCCUGCAGAUCUUUAUUACUCAGCUAAGUGAACGCGGCGAGCAGCAGAUCCCCUCUCUCUAUAAGGAGCUCGGACAUCUCAUUCGCCAGUUGUCUCUCUGCACGGCAAAGCUUGAGUCUGGGGAUGAUCCUGCUUCUUCGAGCAUGAUUAUUUCUAUUCUCCAGCUAGUUGAGGACUUGGAUACUCUUCUUGACCAUAAAAUAUCUUCCCGGGCUAAGAAGACCUCACCCAAUACUGCGGCAAGUAGAUCGCCACCCAUCUUAAAGGAUUCUAGCAAUACUAGGUCAGCUGUCAGAGAGGAUCAAUGCAUCCAACCUGUCUACAUGCAAACAGAGCCCCUGGAAGAGAGCUGGACACAUGUAAGCAGACAACUUGUACUUGAUAACCCUCCAGAAUCAGUGAUUGGUGCCGCCCACGCAGAACCUAAGCCUUCUUCACCAGAGAGGAAAGCGGCCCUUAGGGCAGGGCUGGAAGCAUUAAUUCAGGCUGGUCAUCUGAAAGGUUUGCCUAGAAAGGAGUCUGGACAGAACAAGAACAAAGGAGUUUUGAUACCUCACAGACCCAAGGGAUUCCGACAGCCUCGAAAGAUAAACCCAACACAACCUGCGCAUUUUCAGGAGAAAACUGUGGCAUUCAAGCUGAAGGAGAAUCAUCCCAUUGUCCGAGAGAGGAAAAUUCCUUGGGUGCCUCCCAACCCAACAUCUCCUCCAGCCUCCCCAAAAAGGGGGAACUGGGACAGAGAACGACAUAGGUCGAAUAUUUCUCCAUCCAGAAAAUGGGAUCCAAGUGAUGCUCUGAAUUCAAAGGAAACUGAAAAGGAGGGCGGUGUAACGCACCAGGAUUUCAGGGAGGAAGCCCACGAGAUAAAUAGGUUACCGGAUGAACUCUAUGAAAGCGAUAAUGUGCCGGCACAACAGGUUGAGAACUAUGUGGACUACUUAUCAGGAGACAGUAGGGUUGGAAGCCUGCAGGAAGUGACUCAGUUUCCCGGAAAUGAGGAUUCACACGUUUUCCAGCAAGGUGAUAACUUGGAGGCCAUGAUCCAGAGAAUGGAAGAAAUUGAAAAGUAUCAAGAGGCUGUUCGCCAGAGGUUUACUCGUAUAGCUUAUGCAGAUCCUGAAUUCUGGGCGCAUGAAGAAAGAGAGCGAACGCAUGCAACUACAGGUCAGAUACUUCAAUCUCCUCAUCCCAUUAGGAUCACCAAACCCACAGGACAACGAGAGCCGGUGGUGAGCAUCCUCCUGGAGGAGCCUUUUGAAGGAGAUUCACUGCAAAUAAAAGAAGAGUUGGUCCGAACUUCUCCACACUACUUUAUCCAGCACUCAAGCACUAAGGGCCACGUGCGCGUUUCUGUUCCCCAGCAAAUGUUGCAGAGUAUUCACAGUUAUACAGAGAAAUGGAAUCGCCACCUCCGGCUGACCUCCCAUGAGGAAGUGGGUGGAUUUAAUCCAUGGCAAAUCUCCGAACGCCUGGCAGAUGAGCUCAUAGAUGACGCCUUAGGUGAUGUAGCAGCAGAGCUACAAGACCUGUGUGAAGGCUACGCUGAGGCCGUCUUCACAUCCGAGUUCAUGGAGCCUACGAAGAACUACUGAGCAUUCUUUGGUGCUUUACUUAAAUCCAUUAAACUUGUUAUUUUUUGCCA